UAUUAAAGAUGUUGUUCAUUUAUCAAAUAUUUUUGUGUUUUAGUGAUAUACCCAUAAAUCUUAACCAUUGGUCAAUUUUUCAGGGUUUCCGGAGAGACCAGCAGAAUGGGGAUUCUGGACAAAGUUUAUCUUGACACCUAUGAUAGUAUUAGCAGGUCUCAUUGGCAACACACUCUCCUUUAUAGUAAUGAAAUCCAAGACGCUGCGGAACAAAUCGUACUCGCACUAUCUAAGUGCGCUUGCUGUGUUUGAUACGCUAACGUUAGUUAUAAGGCAGGUCAGAAUCGUGGAUGAAUACUAUUUCAACAAAAAGGGAGUUAAUGAGGUGUUUAAAAACUUCGACGACUUUGGUUGUAAAAUAUUUCAUUACGUUGAGCAUGUUGCGUACCUUAUGUCUUCUUGGCUUAUAGUUUUAAUGGCAGUAGAAAGACUGAUAGCUGUGUGCCUACCUUUUAAAAAGGUAGUGAUUCGAAAGAAGACGGGUGCUACAUUGUGUAUAUCUAUUCUGUUUAUAAUGGUAUGUCUCAGCCAAGCGUUUAGACUGGUUAUGAUUGAACAAAUCGAAAGUUCAAAAACGGAAGUUCAAAACUGUGAAGCAAGUGAUAUAUACUUGGAACUGUAUACCAGUCUACAUGUCUAUUUUUAUCAAUGGACCUUGACAUUUGUACUUCCGGUAGUUCUUGUACUUGGGUGUAAUAUAUUAGUUUUGUACCAGAUUGCGAAAAUAAAACGAGAAGUACGGAAGAAAGACAAACGGAAUCUUCAGAAUCGAACGGCAAGAAAGAACAACAGAACAACGUGCAUGCUAUUAAUAGUAUCAUUCACUUUCAUAGGGACACUACUUCCGCUUUUUACAUUGACGCUUAUAAUGGACAUAGCUGUACGUAAAAUGGGACGUGAUGCGUGGUCAUUGUAUCACUCACUCUGGCCAUUUAUUGAAGCAUGCGAAGCCAUAUCAUUGGUCAAUUAUGCUGCAAAUUUCUUCAUAUACAUUCUCUCGGGGAAAAGAUUCAGGUUUGAAUUAAGAAGGGUAUUUUAUCACCAAAGAAAUAGUAAGAGGAGUUUUACAGCACGAAGCACAAGGGAGGAGGUAAUUAGACUAUAAACGGAGAAAUGAGGCAAACUGCACAACUAGGAAACACAUUUUAUGGCGUUACUAAGGGUAAAUAUAUGUAGUUUGUCAAUAAAAAUAUGAAAUCAUGGACGAAAACAUACAAUCAAACAAAACCUUGACAGGUAAAGAGAGUGCUUGAAAAAGAAAAGUUGAAUGAAGUUUGCCAAUUAAAAAUGACAAAAUUAAAGAAUAAGGAUAAUUAAUGAAAAAGACAACUGGAUUAACUGAACAAGUAUUCAGUGCAAUGUUCAAGUAUACGGAGGGUAUCAGGGGCAAAGCUUUUGAAAAGAGAAACAUAUUUGUUUAAUAUUACUUUAUUUUAAAGCAUACAAGUGUAAUAUACCUGAAGUACAAAGUGUAUAUUGUUGAAUUCUGUACAAGAUGACAUUUAUGAUAUGCGAUGAUGCAGUUGCAUCUAACCUACUAUAAAAACAGAAAUUUUUGCAAGGGUUUAAUUUUCGCUAUAUUCGCGAGGCCGUUGUUAUAUUUUUGGGUCCUUUGAGGUCAUGGAGUCAAUUUAACGUAUGUUUAAUAGAGUUCCGCUUAAGCCGGUGCUAGGUGGCGUGAGAGGUGUUGCACAUUUCAUUACCUCUCAUGAACAGACUUAAUCAAAACGAGUCUGCUAUUUUUCUUCUUGGUUGCAUUAUUUACUUCCAAACGAUCUUUUUACAGGUUUUAUACCUCGCGAAAAUUACGCCUCGCGUAUAUAUUCACCAUGAGUAGGAUUCAAAUUCAAAUAAGAUAUAUUUAUUACAAUUUCGCGACUAUUUUACCUCGCGAACAUACUUGAAAUUUAGAUUUCGCAAAAUUUUGACCCAGCGAAAAUAUGUGCUUUUAUAGUAUUGUGUUAACUUAAAUAAUCAGGUGUUUUAUAGCCUGAAACGAAACGAAAAGAAAAGGAAAUAAAGUUUUCCUGUUCUGAAAUGAAUUCCUCUGAAAUGAAAAAAUUAAACAAUAGAUUUUAGCAUCAACGUUUUCGGGGUUUUAGUACCUAGUCGACGUAUGUAAAAUGUAUUGAUAGAACUUGUACUAGAUUAAUCACUGGCCAGAGAGAUCAUUAUCACAUUAUUUUUUUAUGAUUAAUAAAAAUUCUGCUAUUAAGGCAAUUUGUAGAUAUUUGAAAAGUAUUUGACUGAACAUACAUGUAUGGUAACGAAGGAUCUGUGAUGACUUGCUAUAAGGGUCCAGUUAUAAAAGAUACAGCAAGGUUAGGAUCCUGUUAAUUCCUUAUAGUUUCCAUAUCAGAGAUAAAGUGAUAUGAAUCCAGUAUUUUUAUCUCUUUCUUUUUAAAAUCAGUCAUGUGUAAAUCCAACAUAUCGAAUUCCUUAAUUACCACUUACCUAGGCCAAUGUUUAUCAUCCAUAUCAACUUUUAAACUCUGAAGUUUAAAUUCAGCGUAAGAGUAACAAACUCUCGAUAUUCAUACAUUUGUUAAAUUCAGAAUCGGUUUGUUGUUGUCAAAAAUAUUCUUUCUGGUUGGGCUGAAGAAUAUCAAAGUCGCUAACGCAGAAUACGUGAUUGUACGGACAUUGUCAUUAUCGAUCCGCUGCCUUAAACGGACAUUUCAAUUCCUAUUAUCCGUUCAUGAGUUACCGAUGAAGUUACAUUCCUUACUUACCAAAGUACAUUAAGAUUACUGUCAGAAAACUCUUCUUGUUGUUUGAAGAGAACAAUUACAAAACAUGCGGGGAAGCCAUUUUUGUAUAGACACCAGUCCUAUUUUUUUUUUUAAAAGGUGUGAAAAUAGUGUAUUAUGUGUGCGUUUUAAUGUGUUUUGAAAAAAAUGUUGAUUCUGUACGCAUGCGCUGCGCUAUGACAUGCGUAACAGUGUAUUUGCGCAUGAGGUUUCAAUAUUAAGAAAGGCAUCAUAGGUUUCUUGUUUCAUGCUAAUUAAAAUUACUUUAGAAAUUAAGAUAUUUUUGUAAUCUGGUUUAAAAUCCGAUACAACAAAUUAAAAACAAAAAAAAAGAAGAAAAGAUUCAAAGAUCUGGCUUAGAAUAUUAUUCCAUUAUAAACAAUUACCAGGAAAAUGUUCCAAAACUGCUGAUGUUAAACAGCUGUGAUAAUAAUAGCGUGUUUCCCUGGUUUUGUUUUGAUAUCGUUCCGAUCGUACCAAUUAUAUCCGGAUCUGUACAUGGAGUUAUAUGUGGCUUCCUCAUUAAUUUGUGAGGAUGCACUGAUCAUAAUAUUAAUAACGGUUCCCUUUUUAAGUUGUGACGAUGCACUGAGCAUUAUCUCAUUAACGAUUUCCUAACUCAGUUGUGAGGGCGUACUGAACGUCAUAUCAUAUAAGGCUUACCCGUUAACUUGUAAGUGCGUAUUGGACAUCGUGUUAUCUACGGCUUCCUGGUUUAGUUGUGAGUGAGUACUGACCAUCGUGUUGUACUCUACGAAUACCUCGUUUAGUUGUGAGUGAGUACUGGACAUCGUGUUAUCUACGGCUUCUUCGUUUAGUUGUGAGUGAGUACUGAACAUCGUGUUAUCUAUGGCUUACUCGUUUAGUUGUGAGUGAGUACUGACCAUCGUGUUGUACUCUACGAAUACCUCGUUUAGUUGUGAAUGAGUACUGGACAUCGUGUUAUCUACGGCUUCUUCGUUUAGUUGUGAGUGAGUACUGACCAUCGUGUUGUACUCUACGAAUACCUCGUUUAGUUGUGAGUGAGUACUGACCAUCGUGUUAUCUACGGCUUCUUCGUUUAGUUGUGAAUGAGUACUGAACAUCGUGUUAUCUACGGCUUACUCGUUUAGUUGUGAGUGAGUACUGACCAUCGUGUUGUACUCUACGAAUACCUCGUUUAGUUGUGAGUGAGUACUGGACAUCGUGUUAUCUACGGCUUCUUCGUUUAGUUGUGAGUGAGUACUGACCAUCGUGUUGUACUCUACGAAUACCUCGUUUAGUUGUGACGGAGUACUGAACAUUGUGUUAUCUGCGGCUUCCUCGUUUAGAUGUGAGUGAGUACUGACCAUCGUGUUAUCUACGGCUUCUUCGUUUAGAUGUGAGUGAGUACUGACCAUCGUGUUAUCUACGGCUUCUUCGUUUAGUUGUGAGUGAGUACUGAACAUCGUGUUAUCUACGGCUUACUCGUUUAGUUGUGAGUGAGUACUGACCAUCGUGUUAUCUACGGCUUCUUCGUUUAGUUGUGAGUGAGUACUGACCAUCGUGUUGUACUCUACGAAUACCUCGUUUAGUUGUGAGUGAGUACUGACCAUCGUGUUAUCUACGGCUUCUUCGUUUAGUUGUGAGUGAGUACUGACCAUCGUGUUAUCUACGGCUUCUUCGUUUAGUUGUGAGUGAGUACUGAACAUCGUGUUAUCUACGGCUUACUCGUUUAGUUGUGAGUGAGUACUGAACAUCGUGUUAUCUACGGCUUACUCGUUUAGUUGUGAGUGAGUACUGACCAUCGUGUUGUACUCUACGAGUACCUCGUUUAGUUGUGACUGAGUACUGAACAUUGUGUUAUCUACGGCUUCCUCGUUUAGUUGUGAGUGAGUACUGAACAUCGUGUUAUCUACGGCUUCCUCGUUUAGUUGUGAGUGAGUACUGAACAUCGUGUUAUCUACGGCUUCCUCGUUUAGUUGUGAGUGAGUACUGAACAUCGUGUUAUCUACGGCUUCCUCGUUUAGAUGUGAGUGUGUACUGGACAUCGUGUUAUCUACGGCUUCUUCGUUUAGUUGUGAGUGAGUACUGACCAUCGUGUUGUACUCUACGAAUACCUCGUUUAGUUGUGAGUGAGUACUGGACAUCGUGUUAUCUACGGCUUCUUCGUUUAGUUGUGAGUGAGUACUGAACAUCGUGUUAUCUAUGGCUUCCUCGUUUAGUUGCGAGGGUGGACUGAACAUAAUAUUAACUACCGAUUCCUCCGUAAGUUGUGAUCAUGCAGUACUUAUAUAAUUGUUUUUCCGUCAGAAGUUAUGUCGAAGUCGUUUAUAUUUACACAAACACAUUUACAUAAUUCAAAGAAGUUUUGUAACUAUUCAGUAUUUAAAAUAUGACAUCGUUCCAGUUGAAUAUCUUAAUUGGAUACGCAAAACUUGCUACAAUUAAUUUUCCCUAACAUCUUCAUAUCUUUAUAAAUUAAUGCUAAAUCAAUAGCAAUUUAUCGAAACAAGUAACCAGAUUCAAAAACAACUUCCUGCUUAUUUUCAUUUUUAUGAUCAUUUGCAGUUUUGUGACAUGCAGAACACACGCAUUGUUGGCGUUCCUUUUCAUUCGACUGGUCAUUCAUAUUUGAUUUGAUCGAUGCUCAUGAGCUUGCAUUUUGUGUCGUUGUAUUAAGUGAUGAUAUUCUCUGAACGUUGAAUGUUU